AGUCAUUUUGGCUCAAGCCCUAGCCGUUUGGGCUCGAGCCGUCGUCGUUGAGACCAUCUCUUGGUUGGAUUGCCGUCGCGGCACAAAGGGGCGCUUGUCAGACUUGUGACGGGGUCGGGCAUGGUGAGAAAUGCUUCACACCAGGAAGAAUGGAUCGGCACAGAAAUAGGCCUUUCAUGGUACACGCUGAAGUUUCGAGAUCGGCAUGACGAACUAGGCUACUCGAAAUAUUGCGCACCACGGCUGAACAGAAACCUAUUCAUCGCCGUAUGCCUUGAGAUGUUUAUCAUCAUCGGGACACUGUGGCGUGUUCUGGCAGACAAUGUUGGCUCGCUGGCUGAACCUACAUGGCUCGUGCGGUUUAGGGUAUGGUUUUUGGCUACGCUCUUCGUUUCGACUGUCUGCUACAUUGUCGUAUACUUCGUGCCGCGGCUCAACAAUCGUAUGGGCAGCUUUGCUCGUGAGUCGUACUGCGUGGCCAUGGGCAUCGUGACCAUCGUCUACGCUGCCAGCUCAGGGAAGUUCUAUAUUUCACUGCUUUUGCAGACUAGCCUCGAUGAUGCUGACUUCAUAAGGUCAUCGAACAACCAGAACCACAUGUUGAUGACUAUCCUGUGGCUGUCAGGCACUCACUUGAUGGUGCCUGUGCGAUGGUACGUGCUGGUCCCACUGGAGCUCGUGUCCAUGUUCUGGUGGCCCUUGUGGGAAGUAUUCUCGCACUCCUGGAAUCAGGGAUCUUUUUCCAUAGGAAAUCAUUCUGGCUGGUAUGGAAUGGUCCCGUGGUGCGUGAUGAGCAUCUUCUUCGCCCUGGGAAAGCGCCACACCGAGUGCGCAGAGCGCUACCUCUUCAAGAAGUACCUUUCGGAGAAAUCACUCCGCGUGAUUACGGAAUUCAAGCUAUCUUCUCAGUUGGCGAGCAAGAAGGGGGCUCCGUCAGAAGUCUCGAGCCAAGCCAUUUUUGCAAACCUUGGCUUGAAUGGACAACUCAAAGAGAAGGUCGACAACAUUGUAGCUCUGGGUCGAAAGGAACGCUGGGUCCUCGACUCCGGCGUCACGAUCGAGCAUGACAGGGUCAUUGGCACGGGCGGCUUCGGUAAGGUCUGCCUGGCGCAUUUGCAUGGCACGCCCGCAGUCGUGAAGAUGCCCCUCGCUCCUAUGUGUGAAUGGAUAGGCAUCGGGGCGUCCCACUUGCACGCGCUUUCAAAUGAAAUUCGUUUGCUCCGUCGCCUGCGCCAUCCAAAUAUAGUCCUAUUCCAUGGUGCCAUUUUCAUCGACCACAACACAUGCUUCGGCCUCGUGCUGGAGUUCGUGGACGGGGUGAGUCUCAACUCGUGCGUGACCAGUCUUUCGGAAGCGUGUUGUCUCAAGCUCUGCUUGGACUUCAGCCGAGCACUUCAGUAUUUGCACGCCCAGGAUCCACCUAUCAUUCACGGCGAUUUGAAGCCAAGCAAUUUGAUGAUCCUUGAUGUCGGUUGGAAGCCGCGACUCAAACUCAUAGAUUUCGGCCUGGCCCGGUUGAUUACUCCUACUGCGUUACCUGGAGGAGGCACGGCAGAGUGGAUGCCUCCGGAGCAGGUGCUGGAUUCACGCGUGCAGCUUGCGCAUCUCAUGGACAUCUUCGCCUUUGGUGCGAUUGCUUACUUCAUGGAGCACGGUUUGUCACCGAUGCAGGGUAUCUCGUCCAAGAGCGAAGUGUUGCAGGAUCCCAAGGGCACAUUGGCCUGGCCGAGCUCUGAAAGAUCUUUUCUGGCAGAUCGAGCACGCCACAUAGUGCAUUCCUGUCUCGCCGUGAGCCCCGGAAUGCGGCCCGAAUCGAUCGAUGACGUGCGGCACUCGCUCCAAGAAGUUGUUGAGCUUAGCACUUCUGUCAGCGGAAACACUCGGCGGCGAUCACCAAUUACAGGAGAUUCCUCAUCACCAGAGUCUACUUUCAAUACACGAGUGAGUCCUUCUGAAUUGCCAGAUUCACCUCAGUGUGACAGCUUCGGGCCAAAUCUGUCAUCAUGCGAGGGAGACGCGUGUCACCCGCUCCAGAUCUAGUCUUUUUUGUCAUUGUAAUUAUCGUGGAUUGCCUGAGGAUGCAGCCCCCUUGCGCCAAGCCACAGAUAGCCUCAUACGUUUCAGAAGUGUGCUGUCAGGUCGAUCAUCGAGGAACCUGGCGCCGCCUCAACUGCAGGAGCUUUGCGGCUCCCUCAAGCGCUACUUGACUACAUCUACACGAGGGCGAAUCUGUGAACGGCACGGCGAGUGAAGUCGCGUCCGGGCUCCACAGAGCAACUUGGUACACUAAGUUUUCUGCUUUCUGGGACCAGCUCGCAACGAGUAGGUCCAAGAGACCGCUGGAAUGACAGAGUGCCGCAGCAAUGUAAAUGUAUACCGUUUUGCAGUCACCCUCGGACGCCCCAGUGCGUUUUGAUCAAUCCAAUUUU